GAUGUAAUUUCUGUAUCAAGUGCUGUCACCGUGUCAACCUGACAAGUGUCAACCCUCAAUAUGACUAAGCUGGUAUGCUGUAGCAAGUGUUGUCGGCUCACUGCUUCAAAACAAACCGGCAGAGUUAAAUGGUGUGCGGACUUUGAGGAGAAGGGUCGGCACAGAGCUCUCAGGAUCAUGCUGGGAGUCACGCUUAUCCUGUUGCCUGUCGCGGUUUUCUCCGUCGGGGUCGUCAAGAUGGCUUCCUCCUCACAGAAAAGUAUUCCCCGCAUUCCUCAGGCAGAGCAACUGAUUUUCGAUGACAUGCGUGAGCACGCCGACCAUGACUUGCUCCAAGACAAGACAAGUUGUAUUCCGACGCAAGCCUCGUACAUCUCUCUGGCUAGAGCACGGAGAGCCCUCUCUGACUCUCUGCCAGAUUUUGAAACUUACAAGGGAAAUGUAAGUGACGAGAUAGUAUGGGAGGUCCCAGCUGGAAGACAAGAAGAGGUGCAGUUCCUACCGGUUCGCACUCCUGGUAAUCAUAUCAAAGCGAGAAUGAAGCUAAACCAAACAGCAGCGAUAACAAAGGAUUUGGAUAUGGUUGGUGACACAGAACAUAAAUCAAAAGGGUUGCAGAAUUCCAGAGAAUCCGAAACUGCUCCUCUCGACAUUCUUGAUUACACAGACAUCGACAACAAGAACAAAAUCAAACCACAUAUAAUAUAUGACGACGCUGGAGGCGAAGGCGGAUCUCAGGAUCUGGACCAGAGUGAACACCAGGAAGAGGACAAGUUUGAGAAAGGACCAAUCAGAGACCAGCUGAGCUCGGACUGUAUGUCUUCAAACUCUCAGCAGCACGCUUACUGGAAGGGCGAGGGAGAUGUGAAGACCAUACGAGAAGAGCAAAGCAGAUUGAUGAAAAUGUUCAUGGACACGACAGCCGACCCCUGCGACGAUUUCUACCAAUUUGCAUGUGGCAACUGGGGUAGCCACAACCCGAUUCCGAAGGAUAAGGCAGCGUUUGACACAUUUGAGGUCCUGCGGGAGUCUCUGGAUACUGUGCUGAAGGAUCUGCUCGAAGCAGACCCCACGAGCGAUGAUCCGGAGCCUUACGUCAAGACUAAGAACCUUUACAGGAGCUGCAUGAAUGAAGAAAUGUUGGAACACCGAAGAGAGAAGCCUCUGAUGGAACUGCUAGAUUCCCUCGGUGGUUGGCCGAUCAUCAGUCCCUGCUGGAACCAAUCAAACUUUGACUGGCUGGAGUUGAUGGCUCGGCUGCGGCUCUACAACAACGACAUUCUCAUUUCAGAGUGGGUUGGACCUGACAUCAAGAACAGUGAUGAAUACGUCAUACAGUUUGAUCAGACCAGCCUGGGACUGCCGACUCGUGAGUAUUACCUGCAGGCCGUCAACUUUGUGUACCUGCAGGCGUACAGAGACUACAUGGUCAAGAUAGCCACACUGCUGGGUGCUGACCCUCUGAGAGCAGCCAGCGAGGCAGACGAUGUCAUAUCGUUUGAGACAGCUCUAGCUGAGAUCACAGCAGCGCCCGACGAGCGACGUAACGUCAGUGAGUUGUACAAGAGGAUGACGGUCGGAGAGCUGAGAGCCUUCAUCCCACAGAUCGACUGGCAGCUAUACUUGACCAUCGUGACGGAGAGACAGAUCAAUCAUUCCGAGCCUGUCGUCAUCUUUGCCCUCCGCUACAUGCAGGACUUGGUGUAUCUGUUGAGCCAGACUCCUCCAAGAACCAUCUCCAACUACUUGCUCUGGAGAUUUGUCAGACACAGAGUCAACAAUUUGGACGAUCGGUUUCAAGAGGCGAAACAGAAGUUUUACUACAUCCUGUUUGGCCGGGAACAAUCGCCUCCGAGGUGGAAGAACUGUGUCACUCAGGUCAACAGCAACCUCGGGAUGGCGGUCGGCGCUAUGUUUGUGCACAAAUACUUUGAUGAGAAAAGCAAGAAUGAUACAUUGAUCAUGACUACAGAGAUUCAGCAGUCGUUCCAAGAGAUUCUCUCGAUGACGACGUGGAUCGACGACGAGACAAAAUCUCUGGCAGCUGAGAAGGUUCAGACGAUGAUGUUGAGGAUCGGAUAUCCUGACUACAUCCUGGAUCACGACCAGCUCAGCACUAGGUACAGAGAUGUGGAGAUUGAUCCAGAUAAGUACUUUGAGAACACCCUGAAUAUCCUUCGUCACUUGACGAGAGUGGAACAGAACAAUCUCGGAUGUCGAGUGAACAAAACACUCUGGAACACAGCGCCUGCAGUUGUCAACGCUUACUACAGCCGCAACAAAAACCAGAUAAUGGUUCCAGCUGGUAUUCUACAGCCCCCGUUCUACCACAGAUAUUUUCCCCGUAGUCUGAACUAUGGCGGCAUCGGAGUUGUGAUUGGUCACGAGAUCACCCAUGGGUUUGAUGACAAGGGGAGACUCUUUGACAAGAACGGCAACCUUCAUCGUUGGUGGAGAGAAGAAGCCAUUAACAACUUCCAUGAAAGAGCUCGCUGCCUCAUCGAACAGUACAGCAAAUAUACAGUGCAAGAAGUCGGUAUACAGAUAGAUGGAAUCAACACUCAGGGUGAAAACAUUGCUGAUAAUGGAGGCAUUAAAGAGGCGUUCAGAGCUUACAAACACUGGCUGCACAAACAUGGCUGUGCAGACGAGACUCUGCCAGGCCUCAACGCCACCGGUAUGCAGCUGUUCUUUCUCAACUUUGCGCAAGUGUGGUGUGGCAACACAAGGCCUGAAGCUACACGGAACAAACUCAAAACGGCUGUACACUCUCCGGGGAAAUUCAGGGUAAUUGGAACUUUGACAAACAGUGAAGAUUUCGCAAAAGUUUUCAAGUGUCCUCUAGGCUCUCCUAUGAACCCAAAGAAGAAAUGUUCAGUUUGGUGAUGAACAAUCAGAAUAAACUUGAAGAUACUCCUACUCGUAGUGGCUUCCUGCUUUCUACUUCUGACAAAAUCAUUUGUAUAUUUUGAUUUUUAUACUUUUAUAGUGCUACAGAUAGUUUUGUACUUACUGUUAGUAGUUUUGUAUUGUUUUUACGCUUCAUACGCUUAAGAGCUAUAUGCUUAAAGAUGUAAAUUUGUAAUAUGUAUAAAAUAAAUUAUGGUAGG